CAAAUGCACAUGCGCAGUCGGAUGUUCUACUCUGGACAGCUGUAGGAGAAAAUGGCAGCACUCAUGCUAGGGCAGCAGGUCCGCCAGUUCAGCACGUCUGUGGUCAGACCUGCAGCAAAACUGAUCAAGCCUCCCAUCCAGAUUUAUGGAGUGGAGGGCCGCUAUGCCACUGCUCUGUUCUCAGCUGCCAGUAAGCAGAACAAACUGGACCAAGUGGAGCAGGAGCUGGGGAAAGUUUCUUCCCUCAUCAAGGACCCCAAGCUUUCUGGGAUUGUAAUGAAUCCUCACAUUAAGCGCAGCCUCAAGCAGAAGACCUUCAAUGCUGCUCUUGUAAAGGCUAAGGUUUCACCCAUCACCAUCAACCUCAUCAAUGUUCUGGCUGACAAUGGUCGUCUGACUGUAACUGGUGAGGUUAUCACUGCUUUUAGCAAGAUGAUGAGUGCACACCGUGGAGAGGUCGUCUGCUCUGUCAUUACUGCUGAGCCUUUGGAUGCAGCUAAUCUUGCUGACCUCAAAGUAGCUCUCAACGGCUUUCUUCAGAAGGGGGAAACUAUCAAGCUGGAAACUAAGUCAGAUCCUUCAAUCCUGGGUGGCAUGAUAGUCAGUAUCGGAGACAAGUAUGUCGACAUGUCCACCAAAACAAAGAUUCAGAAGCUGACCAAGCUCAUCAAGGAAGCUUAAGUCCUAUGGACUAAAUGUAUAUUGCUACCUGUUCUAGCACUGCAGUGGCUCCAUAAAAACAGUGUCUGUGCUUAACUUCAUAUGGAUGUUAAUAAAAAGUAUAAAAAUGGA